AUGGCGAGAACCUCCGCUCCGUCAACGACCGGAACCCUAACCCUAACGAUCGAAGAGCUGUCCCCUUCUUCUUCUUCGGCUCCCACCUCUUCUCAGCGAUCGCAGCCGCCCGAAACCCUAGUUCUCCGACUCAAGCGGCCCAAGAAGAAGGUCUCCUGGAAGGAAGGGACGGUCGACAACGAGUUCCUCAACCGCAAGAGUUCCAAGAAGUGCUGCAUCUUCCACAAGCAGAAGCCCUUCGACGAGGACGACAGCGACGAGGAGGACCGCGGCGAUAAGCCCGCUGGCGACUCGGCUGGGCCAAGCCGUUGCUGCUCCCACGCCCUUGACCACUGA